AUGGCCGCGGCCACCAUCGUGCACGACACGUCCGAGGCGGUGGAGCUGUGCGCGGCGCACGGCCUCUACCUGAAGCCCAUCACCAAGAUGAGCAUCAGCGUGGCGCUGCCGCAGCUCAAGCAGCCGGGCAAGUCCAUCUCCAACUGGGAGGUGAUGGAGCGGCUGAAGGGCAUGGUGCACAGCCACCAGUUCUCCACGCUGCGCAUCUCCAAGAGCACCAUGGACUUCAUCCGCUUCGAGGGCGAGGUGGAGAACCGCGGCCUGGUCAAGGCCUUCCUCGCCUGCCUGGACGGCAAGACCAUCAAGCUGAGCGGCUUCUCCGACAUCCUCCGCGUGCGCGCCGCCGAGUUCAAGCUGGACUUCCCCACGCGCCACGACUGGGACUCGUUCUUCCGCGACGCCGAGGACAUGAACGAGACGCUGCCCGGCGAGCGGCCCGACACCAUCCACCUGGAGGGGCUGCCCUGCAAGUGGUUCGCGCGGCNNNGCGGGGGCGGGGAGAAGCCCAGCGAGGAGGUGCUGGUGCGCGUGUUCCGCAAGUUCGGCGAGAUCCGCAGCGUGGACAUCCCCAUGCUGGACCCGUACCGCGAGGAGAUGACCGGCCGCAACUUCCACACCUUCAGCUUCGGCGGCCACCUCAACUUCGAGGCCUACGUGCAGUACCGCGAGUACGCGGGCUUCAUCCAGGCCAUGAGCGCGCUGCGGGGCAUGAAGCUCAUGUACAAGGGCGACGACGGCAAGGCGGUGGCCUGCAACAUCAAGUGCGGGCUCCCUCGGGCCGCCCGCGCUGUGGCCCUCACGGACCCCGUCCCCAGGAAGCAGAAGGAGCUGGAGGAGCAGGAGCGCGAGCGGAAGCGGGAGGAGAAGCUGCGCAAGCGCGAGCAGAAGCAGCGCGACCGCGAGCUGCGGCGCAGCCAGAAGAAGCUGGCGAAGCUGCAGGCGGAGGAGCAGAAGAAGCUGCAGGAGAAGAUCCGGCUGGAGGAGCGCAAGCUGCUGCUGGCCCAGCGCAACCUGCAGUCCAUCCGGCUCAUCGCGGAGCUGCUGAGCAGGGCCAAGCCCCUUCCCGCCGUCUUCACUGCCGCUUCCAAACACUGCCACGGCCAGGCCUCCGCGCGGGGCCUGAACUACAGCACGGGGCAGUCCUGGCCUCCAGCCCGAGUCGGCCGGGACGCAGCCCUCUCGGGGGGACCGGACGGCGACGCCUUUGGAGAACGUGGGUGGUGUGGGACCGCAGGGAAUCAUUUCUAA